AGAAAGAUCGACGUACGUGCGCGCGCGCGCAGGGUACUUGUAUGCACAAACCAAACUUUUUUUUCUGUCAAACAGGACUUAUUACUGCUGCACCCGGUGAUCCCAUCAGUCAUGCAAUUUAUAUACUUCUCGCCAAGCUCACUACCUUCUCUGCAACAACAAACUUCCUAAACUCUCUCUCUCUCUCUCUCUCUCUCACAAAACACACAGAAAACACACUCGAUGGCUCUUCACUCUACCAUCUUCCUCUGCGUGUGGCUUGUAUGUCUGUCGUGCCUAUCUCAGGCGGCCAGCACAAACCAAUCCCAGUUCUUCACCCUGAUGAAGAAUUCGCUAUAUGGAAACGCUCUGUCGAAGUGGAAUCUCAAUGGAGGGACAGAGAAUUCUUUCUGCAGCUUUGCAGGAAUCAGCUGCAACGAUCAAGGGGACGUGGUAAAGAUGGACAUAGGCGGGUGGUCGCUCUCUGGUCAAUUUCCUGCCGAUAUCUGCUCUUACCUGCCGCAGUUGCGUGUCCUUAGGCUUGGCCACAAUAAGCUCCAUGGCAACUUCUUCGACAGCUUCAUCAACUGCUCUCUCUUGGAAGAGCUCGACAUGAGCUUCUUGUACCUCCGCGGAACUCUACCUGAUCUUUCGCCGAUGCAAUCUCUCCGGAUACUCGACCUCUCUUGCAAUCUCUUCACAGGCAAGUUCCCCAUGUCAGUCUUUAACCUUACCAAUCUCGAGUUGCUCAACUUCAACGAGAAUGACGGCUUCGACUUGUGGAGACUUCCUGCGAGCAUCUCGCGGCUAAGCAAACUCAAGUCCAUGAUCUUGAUGACGUGCAUGGUUGAGGGACUGAUCCCACCAUCGAUAGGAAACAUGACAUCGUUGGUUGAUCUUGAAUUGGGUGGAAAUUACCUGAUGGGGGAGAUCCCCACAGAGCUUGGCUUGCUAAAGAACUUGACGCAUCUCGAGCUGUACUACAACCAGCUCGUUGGCGGCAUACCAGAGGUGCUUGGGAAUCUUACCGAGCUCCUGGACUUGGACAUGUCGGUCAACCUGUUGACGGGGAAAAUCCCGGAGUCUAUAUGCAAGCUCCCUCAUCUCAGAGUCUUGCAAGUUUACAACAACAGCCUCACUGGAGAACUCCCGAGCGUGAUCGGCAAUUCAACAACCCUGACCAUUCUGUCGAUUUAUGGCAAUCAGCUCACAGGGGAAAUUCCGUGGAAUAUGGGGCAAUUGUCGCCUUUGAUCGUCCUAGAGCUAUCCGAAAACCACUUCUCUGGUCUCCUGCCAACAGAAGCCUGCAACGGAGGUAAACUGCAGUAUUUCCUAUUCCUGGAUAAUAAUUUCUCUGGACAGUUACCGUCCAGUUACGCGAACUGCUUGACUCUGUUACGGUUUCGGGUUAGUUCUAACCACCUAGAGGGGCCAAUCCCAGAAGGAAUUCUAGGUUUGCCUCACGCUUCGAUCAUAGAUUUGGGUUAUAACAAUCUAAGUGGUCCUAUAGCUGGUACAAUCGGGAAUGCAAGGAACUUGUCGGAGCUCUUCAUACAGAAAAACAACAUCUCAGGUGUGAUACCUCCUGAAAUCUCUGGUGCCGCCAACUUAGUCAAGAUUGAUCUGAGUGGCAAUGCGCUCGGGGGUCCAAUACCUUUGGAAAUUGGCAAUCUCAAGAAGCUAAAUUUGUUGUUGCUGCAAAAUAACGUGCUGAAUUCUUCCAUCCCCGAGUCCCUGUCUUCACUGAAGUCACUUAAUGUUCUUGACCUCUCGAACAACCGACUGACGGGGAAAAUCCCUGAAAGUCUCUGUAAAUUGCUGCCGAACUCCAUUAACUUCUCGCACAAUCUUCUGUCCGGUCCAAUUCCGAUUUUAUUCGUGAAAGGAGGUUUAGCAGAAAGCUUUGCAGGCAACCCAGGACUCUGCGUCUCUGUAUCCACUGAUUCAUCGAACGGGAGUUUCCCCAUAUGCCCACAGACCUCCACCCGGAAGAAGCUGAAUUCUAUCUGGGCAAUAGGAAUUUCAUCGGCUAUCAUUACCCUGGGAACAAUAUUGUUCCUCAAGCGCCAGUGCAGCAAGGACAAAUCGGUCAUGGAACGUGAUGAGACGCUCUCUUCAUCACUCUUCUCAUAUGACGUGAAGAGUUUCCAUCGAAUAAACUUUGAUCAACGGGAGAUCGUCGAGGCCAUGGUCGAUGACAACAUAGUGGGACAUGGGGGUUCUGGCACGGUCUACAGAAUAGUGCUGAGCAGCGGGGAAGUUGUGGCCGUGAAGAGGUUGUGGAGCCAAAGUGCGAAAGAUAGUGUUUCCGAAGAUCAUUUAGUUCUGGACAAGGGGUUGAAGACCGAAGUGGAAACUUUGGGAAGUGUUAGGCACAAGAACAUAAUCAAGCUGUACAGUUACUUCUCGAGUCGGGAUUGCAGUUUGCUGGUUUACGAGUACAUGCCUAACGGAAAUCUCUAUGAAGCACUCCACAAGGGACCCUACAAUCUGGAUUGGCCCAUUCGUCAUCAGAUUGCGCUAGGGAUUGCGCAGGGUUUGGCGUACCUCCAUCAUGAUCUGUUACCACCUAUUAUUCACAGAGACAUCAAGUCAACCAACAUCCUGCUCGAUGCUCACUAUCAACCCAAGGUGGCAGAUUUUGGCAUAGCCAAAGUUUUGAAGGCAAGAGGCGAGUAUGCAUAUUCAUCAAAAGCGACGACCAAGUGUGAUGUCUACAGCUUCGGGGUAGUCUUAAUGGAACUAAUAACUGGGAAGAGGCCAGCAGAGCCAGAGUUUGGGGAGAACAAGAACAUCAUAUGCUGGAUUUCAACCAAAGUGGACACCAAAGAAAGCACUGUAGAAGCUUUGGACAAGCGAUUAUCAGGUUCAUUUAGGGAAGACAUAAUUCGGGUUCUUCGUAUUGCCAUUCGCUGCACGUAUGGAGCCCCUGCUCUACGUCCAACCAUGAAUGAGGUCGUUCAGUUGCUGAUAGAGGCCGACCCUUGCAAAUUCGAUUCUCGCAAGUUGUCGGACAUGACUAAAGAAACAUUCAAUCCUCCAAAAGCAAAGUAACUCUUACGAUCUGACAAGCAGUUCGGUGGGCUUCUCGGUAUAGGCAUGUAGGAAGUCUAUUAUAUGUACACAAGUACAGUCUCUGAGCACUAAGGAGAGACUAUUUACAUAAACUAGAGCUCAACAGCUCUUUUUUGCCUUUGUUCCUAUGUAUAAAGAAAUGUUGGCUUGUAGAUUAUGCCAAUGCUUAAAACUUUCUUAGUUUUCCUUCUUUUUAAUUUUUGCUUCUGUGGUUCUGUAAUAUAUUGAGGAACUAAAUGAGUAUGACAUCUUUGGUAUGACGGAUAGUAA